AUGAAUAUGACGGUCGACCAUCCGGCAUGCUAUCACAACCGGACAUGUCGACCAAUGUUCAUUGCAAAUCAGGUGCCGGUUGAAUGGGCCGUUCCCAUGUAUGGAUAUAUGAUGCCAUUCAUAGUCACUCUUACCGUUGCGACCAACAGUUUCAUCGUUGUUGUAUUAUCACAUAAAUAUCUGCGGACCCCAACCAAUUAUGUAUUGUUGGCAAUGGCUGUUUCCGAACUCCUCACCGGUCUUUCUUGCAUGCCUUGGUUCACUUACUACUACACGUUGUCAGGCUAUAAAACUGAUUUGCAACAUGGUCUACCAUCAUUCUGGUGCGCUGCAAUCCCUUAUAUGGCAGCGUAUCUUCCAUCAAUAUUUCAUACAAUGGCAAUUUGGCUGACUGUUUAUUUGGCCAUCCAACGAUAUAUUUAUAUCUGCAUUCCAUCGCUGGUCCGAAAAUUCUGUACGAUUCAUAGAAGCAAGCAGGUGAUUGCUGUAAUCUGUGUUCUUUCUGCCGCAAUGAAUACGCCAGAUUUAUUUUCUUCAAAAAACCGAUCACAUGAUAUAAUUGACCAUUCAAAGAAUAGAACCCAUCGCGUUUGUUAUCGAUAUAAAACUGCACUGGUUCAGACGAUCGGCGAAAAUAUUUACUAUAAUUUGACGUUUUCGGCCCAAACCAUUUUUGUGCACUUAAUACCGUGCAUCCUUUUAGUAAUUUUCACAUGGAAACUGGUGGCGGCUAUUCGAUUGGCUGAUAGGCGACACGCGACACUUCUCGCAAAAUAUCCGUCAAACUCGAAUAGAUCGACUCGCCGUAAAUUCUCUGAAAUGACAUCUUCAUCUGACAACGAGAAUCGCCUUGUUAGGCUUUUUAGGCAGCGCGAUAGCAUCAGUGAACCUAAACGAGCGCACGGUUUAAAGCAGAAUACUCGAAUGCUCGUUGUUGUCAUUUUAUUAUUCCUUAUCACGGAAAUCCCGGCGGCUUUGAUAUUUAUGGUUCAUGUGAUCUCAGUAUCAUUGAGAUUGAGUAUUGUGGAUUAUCAGCUUCUUAAUAUUCUUCUAAUUGUUCGAAACGUUCUAAUAGUGGUUUCAUAUCCUUUCCGAUUUGCAAUCUAUUGCGGAAUGUCUCAGCAAUUCCGGGACGUUGUCAAACAGAUGUUUACCGGGAAAAUGUUGGCUCACGCGAUACGCGACAAGGACAACUCGACGACGUUCGCCCUUGUGCAAGGCAUCACGGAUCACAGCGACGAUAAGAGGCAAUCCAUGGUUGUUUGCUCUCCAAAUGGAACGCUGAUCUCAGCAGUCUCGGAAAAUCCUGAGAAAUUUAUGAAGAAGGAUAAGGCGGUUCAAUGUGAUCAACCAACUGCAAAUGACGUUCCAUUUGAUCCAUUUUUAUCCGAUAUCGCCAUUAUAAUGGAAGCGCCUGGUUCACCGGCCCGGUUUCCCGUUUCAGCCAAUAAAUGGGAUUGUUCGACACAGUGUAGUCCUCAUAUCGAUAAUCAAUGUUAUGUGAAACGCAAAAGCUCGCUUCUUCGCAAUGCCCUACAAGUCAAUAGUCAAGUUUCCGCGGUUGUCGCCCAUGUCCACUAA